CGAUCAACAAAAAUGAAUUUGUGCGUUUCAGGCCGAACCGAACUGGUAGUUCACGAAAUUUCUCUAAACCUGGCGUUAGGACAGAUAGGGGCUGUCCACACCAUCUCGUUCCAAGGGAAAGGCCACCGCGUCAAACAUGUGAGAGUGCGCGCUGCCACGUGGCAGGUCUACAACCUACAUCCUACCGUGUGCAAGAUUAAACAUGAUGACAGAGGGGCAGGCACUAUCGAAAUAAACCUGGGACUUAUGUCAAAGAAGAGUUUCGGGCAUUACUUCGCGAUCGUAGACAGCCCUGAAGGCGUAGAGGAAAAAAUAAGAAUCAUGCAAGUACAUCAGGCAGACCUGAAAUCGACGCAUGUGGUCACAUCGUUUGCCGUGGGCGAGCCGGCGGAGGCGACGAUGACGUACGACUGUCCGCAGUGCCAGCUGGUCAACGUCCUCUGCAACGGUGCCGACGUGCUGGACAACGGACACGUAGUCCCGGAGCCCCCCAACACUAUCAAGAUCAAUUAUCCGAGCUUCGAAGAUAGUCACUCCUGCGUCUACAAAGGGGUGUUCAAAGAAGGGAACCAGACCUACGAAACCCUUUUAGCGGUUAUAGACAAUGUCACAAUACCAACAUUUGAAAAGGUCGACGCUCCCAAAGAAAACGAGCCAUUCGAGCAGGCUAUUAAAUACCAAUGUGCUAAAACUUGCAACGUUGAAAAAGUUUAUGCAAAUGGUAUACCGCUCACGUCUCCCACAAACGCUGAAGAAUUGGAGAGAAAUUUGGUGGAUCCAGACCAGACUUCAUCACCUGCCACAUUUAAGGUGUCUUCAUCGGCGAUAACGAUCCACAUCGACAAGUAUAGCGAGGAGUAUGACGGCCAGUACCAGGCCGUGUUCAGCCUCGAUGACGGCUCUACUGUCACAAAAGACAUCAUGGAAGUCAUAAAUUUGAAUAAUACUAGAAGGUCGGCCGCGGACAAUGGCAGAAAAUACUUAACGGAUGCCAACCCAAGCGCUGACCACCACAUAACAGAGGAACCAAUCGAAGGAAUCUCAGACUCCAGGCAUGUUGCUUCAACUGUGGCCAAUGUAGCUGACAUCCUGACCACUAGGAGAGAGGAACUGACCAUUCUCCCCAGCACUAAUACCAUCCCCACGGCCACUAGUGGUAACCCUACCACCAUUUUAAGCUUCCCAACAACAGUCAUUGAUACCACUACUCCAAUUACAACGAAUGUUAGUAGUAAGCCGUAGUUAAGUUGUUUUUUUAAUUNUUUUUAUUAUGGAAUAUUUAGUUUAA